AGUCCCCCGCCCGCUGAGGAGAUGGAUGAGGACGGGCUUCCUCUCAUGGGGUCAGGCAUAGACCUGACCAAGGUGCCAGCUAUUCAACAGAAAAGAACAGUGGCAUUUCUAAACCAGUUUGUGGUGCACACUGUACAGUUCCUCAACCGCUUUUCUACAGUUUGUGAGGAGAAACUGGCAGACCUUUCUCUUCGUAUCCAGCAAAUUGAAACAACUCUCAAUAUUUUGGAUGCAAAGUUGUCAUCUAUCCCAGGCCUAGAUGAUGUGACAUUUGAAGUAUCACCUGUAAGUGUCACUGGUGUCACAAAAGAAUCACAUUCUGAAACCACUUCAGAGAAAUCACAACAGAACAGUUUACAAGACUCUGGACCACAGGAAAGUGAAGUAACACCAGAAAAUAUUUUAACUGUAGCCAAGGAUCCAAGAUAUGCCAGAUAUCUCAAAAUGGUUCAAGUGGGUGUUCCAGUGAUGGCAAUAAGAAACAAAAUGAUAUCAGAAGGACUAGACCCAGAUCUUCUUGAAAGGCCAGAUGCUCCAGUGCCUGAUGGUGAAGGUGAAAAAAUUACAGAAGAAAGUUCAGACAGUGAAUCUUCUUUUAGUGACUAAGCUUAAUUUUGAUAACAGUUACAUAUACAUGUACAUGAGCAGCCCAACAGG